AUGAUACAAGUGGAAUACAAGGGAAAGGAUAUACAGUUUUCAGCUGAGGAAAUCUCAUCUAUGGUUCUCAUUAAAAUGCGAGAAACUGCAGAAGCUUAUCUUGGUUCAACCGUUAAGAAUGCUGUUAUUACUGUUCCUGCUUACUUUAAUGAUUCCCAGCGUCAUGCCACUAGAGAUGCCGGUGUGAUUGCUGGACUUAAUGUAAUGCGACUCCUCAGUGAACCAACAGCGGCUGCGAUUGCUUACGGUCUUGACAGGAAGGGGACAGGUGCUGGUGUGAAGAAUGUUCUUAUCUUUGAUCUUGGUGGGGGUACUUUUGAUGUUUCAUUACUUACUAUUAACGAGGGUAACUUUGAAGCCAAGGCUACUGCUGGAGAUACUCACCUUGAGGGAGAGGAUUUUGAUAACCGGAUGUUAAAUCACUUUGUCUAG